UAAUCUAUAAUUCAGGUUUUAAGCUAGGCCAUGAAUCGGGCCGAACUGCUUUGCUCCUUUCUUCCCUGAACCCUAAAACCUGCGAUAAUCCCCUCAGUCUCCAGUCAGUUUUCCUUCUUUCUUUGUCUGUCCAAUAUUCAUUUUCUUUAAAAGGCAUUUUUGGCUCUUUAGUAAAAGUAAUGGCCACUAGGAAGAAAAACCUGCAGCUGCUGCUUUCUCUUGUACAAAAACGAUGUCUCCAAACAUCAUCUGCUGAUUCUCUACUUCCACCCACCAGGACCACCACCAACACCAAUGCUUCAUCUUCAUCAUCAUUUGAUGUUGAUUUCCUCAUGAAUUCAUGUGGGCUUUCCUCAAAAUCUGCCCUUUCAGUUUCCCACAAGCUCCAACUCCACCAAAACAAGCUCCAAAAACCACAAUCUGUGCUCCUCUUCUUGAAAUCUCACGGAUUUGACGAUUCCCACAUCUCCCAAUUAAUUGAAAAGCGACCCAAAAUCCUCCAUAGCGGAGUAGACGACACUUUGAAGCCCAAAUUCGACUUCUUCGUUAAAAAUGGUUUCACGGGUAAGCUUCUGCCUCAGCUUAUCGCCUCCGAUCCGAAUAUUUUGUCAGCGGCUGUAGAUUCUCAUCUUAAACCAUGUUUUGAGCUUCUCAAGUUAUUUCUGGGCAAUCCUGACAGAAUUGUAGUUGCCUUAAAGCGUGCGCCUUUUUUAAUGUCUUUUAGUUUCAAGGGUGCUGUGCAGCCAAAUAUUGAGUUGUUGAUAAAAGAGGGAAUGCAUGUUGAUAGGGUUGCAAAACUAUUAAGUUUGCAUGCAAGAGUGAUACUGGUUAAGCAUGAUAGGAUGGUUUAUGCAGUGAAUGCUUUGAAGAAUUUGGGUGUUGAACCCAAGACUCCUGUGUUUCUACAUGCUGCUAAGGUAAUGUUAUCCGUAAGUAAGUCGAAUUGGAGGAAGAAAAUUGAGGUUAUGAAGAGCCUUGGAUGGAGUGAAGAGGAGAUUAUUGUGGCUUUUAAACGAUACCCUUAUCUAUUAGCAUGCUCAGAGGAGAAAAUCAGAAAAUCGUUAGAUUUCUUUGUGAAUACUUUAAAGUUAGAACCACAAGCUAUAAUUACAUGUCCCGAGUAUUUGUCAUAUUCGGUUGAUGGAAGGCUUCGUCCCAGGCAUAAUGUUUUGAAGGUUUUGGUGUCAAAGAAGCUGGUUAAAGAAGAUGAGAAGAUUGUGCGGGCAGUAACCCGCAUUAGUGAUAGAGAUUUCCUGGAAAAGUAUGUUACUAAAUAUGCAGACAAGGUGACAGGUUUAUUGGAAAUAUAUGGUGGUAGCAGCAAGGAAAAAAAGAUGGAAUCUUGAUGGCGGACUAAGUUUACUUCUGCAAUGCAUUGUAAUAAUAUGUACCGGUUGUCUAAAUUGAUUUUCCUUUGCUCCUCAAUUAAGAGGUAUUUUUUCUUCGCUUAUCCCAGUUUUACCGUGGCUAUAUUUUCAAAUUGUGCAACCAAUGAUUACAUUUUAUAUGUGCCGAUACUGGCUAUGUGUUUUA